AUGCCGAUCGCCCACUUACUGGAGCUAUGGAAAGGGAUAGAGGUGGAGCCCAUGGAGACGGAGCCUGUGGUGGAAGAUGCUACCCUGGAUGAAGAACCUGUAAAAGAGGAAGAAGGUAUCGUGAAGGAAAUAGACAUCAGUCAUCAUGUGAAGGAAGGUUUUGAAAAAGCAGAUCCUUCUCAGUUUGAGCUGCUGAAAGUAUUAGGACAAGGUUCAUAUGGAAAGGUAUUUCUAGUGAGGAAGAUCAAAGGAUCUGAUGCUGGUCAGCUUUAUGCCAUGAAGGUACUUAAGAAGGCAACUCUGAAAGUUCGGGAUCGGGUACGAUCAAAAAUGGAGAGAGAUAUUUUGGCAGAAGUGAAUCAUCCUUUCAUAGUCAAGCUUCAUUAUGCAUUUCAAACAGAGGGAAAGUUGUAUCUAAUACUAGAUUUCCUGCGGGGAGGGGACCUUUUCACAAGACUCUCCAAAGAGGUGAUGUUUACAGAAGAGGAUGUCAAGUUCUACUUAGCUGAGCUGGCCUUGGCAUUAGACCACCUCCAUGGUCUUGGAAUUAUUUACAGGGAUCUAAAACCAGAAAACAUUCUUCUUGAUGAAGAGGGCCACAUUAAGAUAACAGAUUUUGGUCUGAGUAAAGAAGCCAUCGACCAUGACAAGAGAGCGUAUUCAUUCUGUGGGACAAUAGAGUAUAUGGCCCCAGAGGUGGUCAACCGACGAGGACACACACAGAGUGCUGACUGGUGGUCUUUUGGCGUGCUCAUGUUUGAGAUGCUGACAGGAUCAUUACCCUUCCAGGGAAAAGACAGAAAGGAGACAAUGGCACUCAUUCUCAAAGCCAAGCUGGGAAUGCCGCAGUUCUUGAGCAUAGAAGCCCAGAGCCUGCUGCGAGCCCUCUUCAAAAGGAACCCCUCCAACAGAUUAGGUGCUGGAUUUGAUGGAGUGGAAGAAAUUAAACGUCACCCUUUCUUUGUUACUAUAGACUGGAAUAAACUAUACAGGAAAGAAAUCAAGCCGCCUUUCAAGCCCGCAGUGGGACGGCCAGAAGACACCUUUCAUUUUGAUCCAGAGUUCACAUCUCGGACCCCCACAGAUUCCCCAGGUGUUCCUCCAAGUGCCAAUGCUCAUCAUCUUUUCAGAGGGUUCAGCUUCGUUGCCUCUAACUUGGUGCAGGAGCCUGCACAGCAAGAUGUGCACAAAAUCACCGUCCAUCCAAUUGUGCAGCAGUUACAUGGGAACAACAUUCACUUUACAGAUGGAUACGAGAUCAAGGAGGACAUAGGAAUCGGCUCCUAUUCAGUGUGCAAGAGAUGUGUUCAUAAAGCUACAGAAACAGAGUUUGCAGUGAAGAUAAUUGAUAAGAGCAAGAGAGACCCCUCUGAAGAAAUUGAGAUCCUCUUGCGAUAUGGACAGCAUCCAAACAUCAUUACUCUUAAAGAUGUCUAUGAUGAUGGGAAAUAUGUGUACCUGGUGAUGGAGCUGAUGCGGGGAGGCGAGCUCCUGGACCGCAUUCUUCGGCAGAAGUGUUUCUCAGAGCGGGAGGCCAGCGCUGUGCUGUGCACCAUCACCAGGACUGUGGACUACCUGCACUCUCAGGGCGUGGUGCACCGAGAUCUCAAGCCAAGUAAUAUCCUCUACAUGGAUGAGUCAGGAAACCCAGACUCCAUCAGGAUCUGUGACUUUGGGUUUGCCAAGCAACUGAGAGCGGAGAACGGGCUGCUCAUGACUCCCUGCUACACAGCCAACUUUGUCGCCCCUGAGGUCCUUAAACGCCAAGGUUACGAUGCAGCCUGUGACAUCUGGAGCUUGGGGAUCCUACUGUAUACCAUGCUGGCAGGGUUCACUCCUUUUGCAAAUGGACCAGACGACACCCCAGAAGAGAUUCUGGCCAGGAUUGGCAGUGGCAAAUACGCACUUACAGGAGGAAACUGGGAUUCAGUAUCUGAUACUGCAAAGGACAUUGUGUCUAAGAUGCUUCACGUAGACCCUCAUCAGCGCCUCACAGCAGUCCAAGUCCUAAGACAUCCAUGGAUAGUGAACAGGGAGUAUCUGUCUCAAAACCAACUCAGCAGACAGGAUGUUCACCUGGUGAAGGGUGCAAUGGCAGCCACUUACUUUGCUUUAAACCGAGCACCUCAGGCACCAAGGCUGGAGCCUGUAUUGUCCUCCAAUCUGGCUCAGCGGCGGGGCAUGAAAAGACUUACCUCUACCAGGUUGUAGCAGUACCCCCAAAAGGCCUCUUUGAAAACCCACAGUUUAUUAUUUGAGAAAUUCAUCUUUACUUGGCUAGCAGAACUUUUUUGGACAACCUGCACAUGAAAUCACCAGAACUAGCAGAAGCCCAGCGUAAGGCAAAGUUCUCCUUUGCCCCGUCAUUUCUUUUACAUUCCAGCCAGGGUCCCAAGUUUAACAACUUCACAAAGAUGUGCCAAUUUUGCCAGUAGCUCUGUUUCCUUACUGAGAUAAAGCCAAAUAAAGUAGGUGUGCUCCAUCCUUCCCACUCUAGGAAAUACUAUUUUUGAGUCCUUAAGAUGUCCCAUGGGAACACAGUUUUCAUUUUGUUUCUCAAGAAAAGCACUUUUUGCUAUGAAGAAUGCAGUUGGGUUUGAAUGUUUUCAGCUGUUCCAGCAUGCGUCACGAUGAAGUGACUUGGCUGGUUACCCGUAGACAUCUACUGAUCUCCACUCACCCCAGGAAGAGUGAAGGCUGCAGAGACAAAUGAGUAAUACCUUACUUGAAACAAGUGCUAUACAACAUGAAGGAGAGAGAGCUUCAGUGGUGGAAAUACCUUCUGAUUUCAAGAAAUCUUUGGCACUUCGCCCCUGCCCUCUCUGGAAUGAAGUCAGCACCACUCAAGGAGCACAUGCCACCAGCCCUGACUUACUCAGAGGUCUCCGAGAGCAGAAAACCUCUGAGAAACUCAGUCCUCUGAGGAAAUUAUUGGGUCUUACGAGACUGUGGGAAAGCAUUCACGUAAAACAGUGUGCGUAGGAGCCUGUGGACCAGGGGAGAAAUAGGUGUCUGGUCUCAGCCAGCAAGCAAGAGGUCUGGGAGGACUAGGUAAGGGGGCUGGGGAACCGAGCAGAGGCAGGGAAAGGCACAGGUGACUUUGAGGACAGUAGGCAAAAAGACCCGUGGCAGCAUGGUGGGGAGUACUGCCAAAGGGAACUAGCGUGCACGUGCUUGGGGGGCAAACUGGGACUCCCUUUAAAAGCGAGGGACAGUCCCUCUUCAGCAGAU